CACAGAGAGAGAGGGUGCAGGCUCGUGCGCCGCAGUGUCCAUGCUGUAACACAGGACUAGACGGGGACAGUAUGGACGACCUGACCUGAUCUGGGGGUUACAGUGUAACACAGAGAGAGAGAGAGAGAGUGUGUGUGUGUGUGUGUGUGUGUGUGUGAGGGGAUCAGGAAAGGCAUGAGCGCGCACGGGGCUCCGGGAGCGCAGGAGAGCAGCAGCUCCACUCUUCAUCAUCAUCAUCAUCAUCCUCUGGACACAGCACAGGACACACAGACCUCACCAUCUUCACCAUCACCAUCACCCCCCUCCUCCCCCUCCUCCUCCUCCUCCUCCUCGUGCCCCUCCGCCGCGCGCGCGGCUCGGACCUGGACGCGCUUCGCCCGAGCCCUGGUGCUGAUCUUCCCCGUGUACGCGCUCGGAUACCUCGGGUUCAGCGUCAGCUGGUUACUGAUCGGCCUCGCCGUCGUCUUCUUCUGGAGGAGGAACGCGCUGGGGAAGAGCUCGAGGCUGAGCCGCGCGCUGGCGUUUCUCCAGAGGAACCAGGAGCAGGAGGAGUGGGGGGAGGAGGGGGAGGGGGGGUGGAGGAGGAGGGGGAGAGCCGCGCGCGCGCCGCUGGACAUCACCGAGGAGCUGCCCUCAUGGGUUCACUUUCCAGACGUGGAGAGAGUAGAGUGGGUCAACAAGACGGUGAAUCAGAUCUGGCCGUACGCUUGCCGCUUCCUGGAGAAACUCUUUCGGGAGAACAUUGAACCAGCAGUUAAAGCAGCGAACACACACCUCAGCACGUUCUCCUUCACCAGAAUAGAGCUGGGGGACAAGCCUCUCAGGGUCAACGGGGUCAAAGUUUACACCGAAAAUGUGGACACUCGCCAGAUCAUCAUGGACCUUCAGAUCAGCUUGGUGGCAAACACCGAAAUCGAGAUGGACAUCAAGCGAUACUACUGCAAAGCCGGAAUUAAGAGCAUACAGCUCCACGGUGUGCUGCGGGUGGUACUGGAGCCACUAAUGGGGAAAAUGCCGCUGGUCGGUGCCUUCUCUUUCUUCUUCCUCAAGAAACCACUCCUGGACAUCGGCUGGGCUGGACUCACCAACAUCCUGGACAUUCCUGGCCUUAAUGGAUUCUCGGACAGUCUGAUCCAGGACGUUAUCUCCAGCUACCUGGUGCUGCCGAACAGGAUCACUGUCCCACUAGUGGGUGAUGUAGAGCUGGAGCAGCUGCGUUUUCCCAUGCCUAAGGGUGUAUUAAGGAUCCAUUUCCUGGAAGCGCAGGAUCUUGAGGGGAAAGACAAGUUCUUUGGUGGUCUGAUCAAGGGCAAAUCAGACCCGUAUGGAGUCGUCCAGGUUGCUAGCCAGAUUUUUCAGAGCAAAACUAUUAAAGAGUGUUUAAACCCGAAGUGGAAUGAAGUGUUUGAGGCGACGGUGUAUGAACAUUCUGGACAGCAUCUAGAGAUCGAGUUGUUUGACGAGGACCCAGACAAAGAUGACUUCCUGGGCAGUCUAUUGAUUGAUCUGACCAAGCUUCACAAGGAGCAGAAAGUUGAAGAGUGGUUUGAGCUGGAGGAAGUCUCCAGUGGAAAACUUCAUCUCAGACUCGAGUGGCUUUCCCUGCAGUCAGACAGUGAAAAACUUCCGCAGGCGUUGUGGAGUAUUAGGACCAAUGACAGUUUGUCUUCUGCACUGUUGAUGGUUUACCUCGAUUCUGCCCGGAACCUUCCGAGUGUGUUCGAGGGCAGCUUCAGCUGCGGAAACAACCGGGGCAGGAGAGGCUCUGGUCUGGUGUUUUGCGAGGACUCGUCUUCUCUCUCUAGAUCCUUAAUCUCUGGGCGGAAGGUGAACAGUGACCCGAGCCCUUACGUCCAGUUAACAGUUGGACAGAAGAUGUACGAGAGCAAGGUGCGCUAUAAGACGUGUGAGCCGAUAUGGGAGGAGGCUUUUACCUUCUUGGUUCAUAACCCAAACACUCAGGAACUACAGGUGGAGGUAAAGGAUGAUAAGCACAAAUGCAUGCUAGGUAGCAUGCGAGUGGCAUUAGCACGUCUUCUGAAGGACGAGGACAUGACACAGGUGCAACAGUUCCCCCUGAGCAGCUCCGGCCCAAACAGCACACUUAAACUCAAGUUGGUUCUCCGGAUUCUUUGCCUUGAAAAGGAGACCACAUCGGGUCAACCGUCCCUAGUCCAAAUCCGACACACCAGCCAGAGUGUUACGAUAUCCCAAACAAACACCACUACCACUACCACCACCACACACUCCACUCCUACCACACACUCAACUUCCACCACACAAUCCACCCCUACCAAACACACAACCCCCCGCCAGUCUCCUGCCCCGACUGGGGUCACUCUGCGUGGCAAGAGAGGCUCGGAGGGCUCACCAGUGAGCCUGGUUCAGACUGAAAUGCGAAGGGACUCACCCCGAAAAGAUUCAACACGAAGGAAUUCGACGCGGAGGGAUUCAACACGAAGGGAUUCGACGCAAAGAGACUUAACACACAGAGACUCAA